CGCUCAAUUAAAGCGAUCAUCCCCCUCAAAUCCUUUCUUCCACUUAACGAGCCCGAUUAAUCAGUCACCUCUGCUCUUCAAGAAGUUCUCUCGAUUGAAGACGAUUUUUUAUCACUCAACAAAUCGGCUCUGUCUCGCUCGCUCUGAAUUCGUCGGAAGAAAGGUGAAUUCGAAACAUGAGUCUGCGAAUGUUUCGAGAAACUUUCUGAUUGCACACACAUGCAGAUAUGGGAUUCUGGAGCCUUCUGGAAGGGCUUUUGCUGUUUGCAAAUGCGUUGGCAAUUCUAAACGAAGAUCGAUUUCUCGGGCGGAGAGGAUGGACAUUGGCAGAGAUGUCAAGAGACAGAAGAAACACGCUGAAAGGGCAGGUAAUAGGGCUCAUCCAUGCAUGCCAAUUCCUCCGACUUCCCCUCAUUCUUUUCAACAUCAUCAUCAUCGUAAUCAAGCUUUUCUCUGGUUGAUUCAUUACUUGUAUAUGUUUGUUUGCAUGUUCUUGAAUGACAGAAGAACGUAAAUUUCAUGUUUGCUUGUCUGUGUUA